UCUUCAGAUCAAACACCAACCAUGGCAUCCUUCUCCUCCUCCAAAGCUAGUCUCUUUAAUCUCCUUUUCCUGUGUUCUCUUCUAUAUCAAGUGGUAAGUGUUGUUUGUGUAAGAGCACCGACUACUGCAGAGCCAAAACCGCUGCUUUUCGCACUGCGAGCCCAAAAGGUAGCGUCUUUAUCCCUCCCGCGCCCACCCAACAAGCUCCGGUUCCGCCACAACAUCUCCCUUACCGUUACCCUCUCUGCUGGGAACCCGCCUCAGAACGUCUCCAUGGUGCUCGACACGGGGAGCGAGCUCUCAUGGCUCCUCUGCAGCAGCGGCUCCUCUUCCUCCACGAAUCCCCUCGCCUUCGAACCCCGCUCCUCCACCUCGUUCUCUCCCAUCCCCUGCUCCUCGCCCACGUGCCGCGCCCAGGCGCGCGACCCCCGCGCCCCGGCCGCGUGCGACGCGGGGGGCCGGGUCUGCGACGUGUCGGUCUCCUACGCCGACGGGUCCUCCUCCGAGGGCGCCCUCGCCUCCGACCUCUUCCGCCUCGGCGACGCCGCCGCUCCCCUGCGCACCGUCUUCGGAUGCAUGAGCUCCGCGUCCUCCUCCUCCUCCUCCGCCGCCGCUGCGGCGACGACGACGACGACGACGGGGAUGCUGGGCAUGGACAGGGGAGCCCUCUCGUUCGUGACCCAGUCGGGGACGCGGCGCUUCUCCUACUGCAUCUCCGACCGCGACGCCGCGGGGGUCCUCCUCCUCGGCCGCUCCCCGCUCCCGCUCCCGCUCAACUACACCCCUCUGUCCCGGCCCCCGCCGCUCCCGCUCCCCUACUUCGACCGCGCCGCCUACUCCGUCCGCCUCCUCGGGAUCCGCGUCGGCGGCGCGCUCCUCCCCCUCCCGGCGUCGGCGCUGGCCCCGGACCACACGGGCGCGGGGCAGACCAUGGUGGACUCGGGCACCCAGUUCACCUUCCUCCUCGGCGACGCCUACGCGGCGCUCAGGGCCGAGUUCCUCCGCCGGACGCGGGGGGUCCUCCGGCCCCUGGACUACGCGUUCGAAGGCGCGUUCGACCUCUGCUUUCGGACGCCGGAGGGUGCGGCGGCGCCGGCGACGCGGCGGUUGCCGGCGGUGGCGCUGGAGCUGGAGGGGGCGGAGGUGGCGGUGGAGGGGGAGAGGCUGCUGUACGAGGUGGGGAACGGCGUUCGGUGCCUCACGUUUGGGAACGCGGAUUUGGCGGGCAUCUCCGCGUUCGUGAUCGGGCACCACCACCAGCAGAAUCUGUGGGUCGAGUACGAUCUCGACAACGCCCGCCUCGGGUUCGCCCCGGUCCGCUGCGACCUCGCGACCCAGAGGCUCGGUCUGCUUCUCUAAUAAUUAAUU